GGGAUUUGGGGUACAGUUGAGUUUCUCUUGUGUUCUUUUUUUGUUGCACUCCAUUGAAUUCUUGUGCAGUGAGAUCCAAUAAGUUGAAUAAUUGACAACAGGGGUGGUUCUAGUAAUGUCAUUGGUAAAAACAUGAAUAUAUGUUCUUGGAAUGUGAAGGCUCUAAAUAACCCUGUUAAAAGGGCCAAGGUGUUCGCUCAUCUCCACAGUUUGCACACGGAUAUAAUAUUUCUACAAGAGACACAUAUUGAGCAGACAGCAGUUUUGAAACUGAGAUGUGGAUGGGUAAGGCAAACGUAUCAAUCAACAUGCUCUGCGAAAGCACGCGGUGUGGCAAUAUUAAUCGGAAGGAAUGUUCCCUUCAAUCAUAUAUCGACCCAAACAGACCCAAAUGGUCGCUUUGUAAUCGUGACAGGCACCAUUUUGACGUGUGUCAUGUGACAUUAUUGAAUAUCUAUGCUCCCAAUUUCGAUAACCCUGGGUUUUUUCGGAGCAUUUUCAAACGUAUUCCUGACAUAUCCAAAACAACUUUGAUUUCAGGGGCUGAUUACAAUUGUGUCUUGGUUUGAAGAAAGCACAAUACAAUUGGCGUUUGAACCCUAAUCUACUCAAGAAGGAAGAGUUUUUAGACAUCUGUGCAAAGCAGAUCAAUGAUUCUAUUAAGCUGAACGACAAGGGGGAUGUUUCUGAUUCAACAUUGUGGGAAGCUUUUCAAGUGGUUAUUGGAGGGACUGUGAUAUCUGAUGAAGCCAUGAAAACAAAGCAAAGAAGAGCCAGGUUAGUUGAAAUUGAUCAAGAAAUGACAAAAGCUGAGAUACAAUAUAGAGAAAAUCCAUCUACAGCAACACUCAAAACUAUUGUCAAGCUCAGGCAUAAAUAUACAACCCAGUCUCACAGAAAAACGUGCAAUAACAACGUUUGUCCACUUCAUGAAAACGUAGUGGUUUGACGAAUUUGCCUCAAAAAACGUAUCCCAGGUACAUUUAAUUUCUCAAUGGCUUAGUGAAGGGCGUUCCUUUGGACACGUGACUGACAGCUUUCUCCCCUGUCUGAACAUAAAACAUGGCGGACAUCCGUUCUAUUUUUGCUCUAAAUUGUGAGAUUUUAAAACAAUUAAAUGUUUUUGUUGAGUUUUGAUCACAUUUCUAGUGACAAAUGUACACUUUAUUUUCAUAUUUUCUGCUCGAUGUAUGUUUAUGGCGCUUCGUUUUAUCAUUUUGACCCAGGUUCUUUAGUGGUGCUCACUGAAAUCGUAGUAUUGUGACGUUUGCCCUGCUGGCCAUAAAUACGCUCCAAAUUGUGGUUUUUUUUAAAUGACUUUAUUGGCUUUUUAUCACAUUUCUAGCGACAAAUAUAUCCCACAUUGUAAUAUUAUGUGCUUGUUUUAUGUAAAUCAAGCUUAUUUUCUUUCGUUUGGACCGAGAUAGUUUUGUGAUUCCCUGUUAAAUCGUAGUAUUGUAACGUUUACCCUGCUGGCCAUAAAUCCACUCCAAAUUGCGGAUUUUUUAAAUAACUUUAUUGGCUUUUGAUCACAUUUCUAGCGACAAAUAUAUCCUACAUUAUAAUAUUAUGUGCUUGUUUUAUGUAAAUCAAGCUUAUUUUCUUUCGUUUGGGCCGACAUUGAUUUGUGAUUCCUAAUAAAACGUAGUAUUCUGACGUUUGCAUUGCCGCCCAUAAAUCCGCUCCAAAUUGUGGGUUUUUUAAAUAACUUUAUUGGCUUUUGAUCACAUUUCUAGCGACAAAUAUAUCCCACAUUGUAAUAUUAUGUGCUUGUUUUAUGUAAAUCAAGCUUAUUUUCUUUCGUUUGGACCGAAACAUGGCGGACAUCCGUUCUAUUUCGCUCUAAAUUGUGAGAUUUUAAAACAAAAGCUUUUGUUGACUUUUGAUCGCAUUUCUAGCGACAAAUAUAUUCUAUAUUGGGGUUGUUAUCUGCUCGCACUGAAAAACGUGCAAUAACUACGCUUGUCCACUUGGCAUACCGUAAUCCUUUGAAUACUUUGCCUCAAAAAUCGUUUCUCUCGUACGCGUCAUUUCUCAAUGGAUUUGUGAAUGGCGUGCCUCUGGUCACGUGACUGAUAGAGCACAAAACAUGGCGGACACCCGUUCUAGUUUUGCUUUAAACUCUGAGAUUUCAAAACAAUUAAAAGCUUUUGUUGCGUUUUGAUCACAUUUCUAGCGACAAAUGUACGCCUGACUUUCAUUUUUUCCGCUCGUUUCAUGAAUAUGACGCUUCGUUUUUUUCGUUUUGACCCAGAUUCUCUCGUCGGUCUCAAUUCAAUGGUAUUAUUGAUAUUUGAUUUGUUGAGUUGUAAUCACAUGUAAUGUACCUUUAAUUUUUAAAUAUUAUGUCAUGAAAAUGAUAUAAUAUUUAUUAUCCGACUGGAGAAGGAACUGACGUCACGGACCGAAUACGUUAUUUAUUUAUCAUUUGUAUCGAAUACAUUUCUGCGCCAGAUAGUAUUAUCGGAUAUUUAAAAUCGUGUCAAGUGCAUAUAAAGUCUUUUGGCAAGAAAGGAAGUUCCGUCAUUUAUUCGUUUUGCUGACUCACGCUUCGUUCUCCGUCACUGACGUCAGCUGAAACGCAGGCGGACCAUUCCAAACCUCCCAAGCCGUAGUUUCUAGUUUUCAUUCUGUUUAAAUAUGUACACGUGACGUGGACGCCGACGUUUCUUUGUGUUAUAUAACACUUUGGAUAUGUGAAUUUAUGCUUUGGAUGAAUAAUUCAAUUAUACAAACACGUCGGACUUUGACGUCAUCAGUGGUCGACAAGAACAGAAACAUGGCGGAAAGUCGUUCGGCUUGACUUUGGUAAAAACUCCUCUUCUUUUUUGUUUACCAUCCUUUCGUCUAUGUAGAGUCUGUCAGUGAUUUUGUAGAAUUGCAAUACUGCGUUUGCUGUUGGUACUGUAGAAGCUUAUUUUGUCCCCCGGGAGUUGCCAUAGUUGGCAGGGGGGUGUUAUGUUGGACUGCGCGGGUUUUUGGGUCGUGUCUAACGGAGACUGAAGGCACGAAUAAAGUUGUUUUCUUGCUGCACCAACGAACUUGGACCUUAUUGACUGCUGUCCCCGCGGAUUUACCAAAUAUAACCCUCGGCUACAAUACUGCGCUGACCAAAGACACGAAGCUGAAUGAUUUUGACGGGAGUUUAUUCUAUUUCUGAAUAUUUGAAUUUAUUUUGUUUGUUUUUUGAUAACCUUUCUCCAUGUCGAUGGUUGUUAAUAUGGGGGUAACUUAUCCGGUUUCCAUUUCUUUUCUUUUCUUCUUGCUGAUUUGCAUAGUCACGUCCACUGUGUUUAAAAUCAAGUGGCCACUGAUAAAUUGGUAUUCAGGCUGAACUCACUCAACUGAGGAGCAUCAUGGAUGACGAUGAUGCCUUAUUUCUUGCUGAUUUGCUGUUGGAGGAAUCGAAGAAUACUCAACCUCAAGAAUCCUCAGAAGUGUCUGGACCGGACAAAUUUUCAUUUGUUUGGGUUGAGGAGGACGAGGAAGGGAAUCCUAUCCCAAAGAGGAGGAGAACAGGGAAGAAGCGGGUAAAGAGUUCAUCCUCAGGUGAGAGACAAUGGUCAAUUGUCAAUUGGGUCAAUGAGUCCUCACAUAUUGCACCCACCCAGUGAAUACAUCCUACUGCGUGGAUCCUCUACUACACUUGGACGGGUGACUAUUACAAAUGAAUACAUCAGCAGUAACCGUCAAGCAAUCCAUUGUUAGAAAUGUGCAUGUAACCCAGAAGUACCGGUUCUUGACAGUUGGAAUGUUGGAUUUGACUAGUACCUGCUCUGACUUUCUUCUUAGCCUCAAUAGUUUAAUGUCGAACUGUCAACAGAUCUAUGGAUUUAUUUUCAACAUACUACUAUUUUCCUGCUUUUUAUUAUGACGUUUCUAGUCCAUUUGUCCAUUUAAACAAAUCUCCCUACUCUCAACAGUGACUUCUGGGAGCAUGCACUCAUUGCCCUGUGCGCCAUCUACAAGUGGACAUCAGCACGUGACUGAGACCGUUCAAGAUAUAGGUCGUUUUUAGCAGCAGUUUAUUUACCCUCUUCUUUCCAUGUUUGUCUUAUUGCUGCUACAUUUGGUCACCUUACCCUGUUUUCUAGGAUCCCUCAUUCAAGAGGUGCAGGACCUUUUGGGACCUGCCAUAGACCCAGCACCUUCACACUGGAAAGACAGGAAAGCUUCAACUCUCUCUCAAAGUGGACUGUGUUAAGGCCGUAUAUGGUUCAUCAGAUGUUACAGUCUGAGAAGCCUAUAGAGGGAACUUGUCACCACUGCAGAUCCAAGACUGCUGUUGUGAAAUGUCAGGAUUGUUUGCCUAGACCACUUCACUGUGCAGCCUGUGAUGUUUCCAUCCACACUUCCAUGGUUUUCCAUAAUAGAUCAUCCAUGAUAGAGGGAUUCUACAGGCCACUGCCACCAACCACUCGCAUCAGGGAAGAGAAGGGAGGAAAAUUCUCCUUCCAUGGAAGAGAGUGCAUUUUGCCAGUAAUGCAUCCAUGCUGCGACUGCUGCUCUGGGCAAACAACCUUUUCUGCAGGAAAGCAAGUAAUUCUGAUUGGAAUGAAUGGUCGAUACAAUGUGUCCCUCCCAACUGUCAGCUGCUCCUGUGGGAAAGCUUUGGAUGUCGGUAUUAGUGAGCUGAUUGAAAGUGGCUACUGGCCAGCUACAGUCCAUUUUGAGACGCUGUACACAGUGGAUUUGUUGGCCACAUACGAAGAUCUCAAGAUUACUGCACCAGGAAUGUCAGGACAAGCUUUCGUUGGUAUGCUUGAGCAGCGCACAAAACUCUUUGGUCGGUGUGGGAAAAUAUGUGGCGACACCAUGCAAAAAUCAUUCCUGGAAUGGUCGUACGCAAAAUUUGAAGUUGAGAGGCUGUCUGAAGUCGAUGAGUUUCGGUGCCCAGCCUGCACACCCUCAAUGUUAGCUGUCUCAGUGGAUGGGAACCGCAAGCUUUAUCGCUUUAAGAGCCAUUCAGGACCAAACGGCUUUUUCGAAGGUGUCUUUUUGGCCAAUGACACAGAGGUGACCUCUUUCGUCAACCACAUCAGGGCAUCAACAGGACAUAAUCCUGGGAAAGGCAGGUGUGGUGGAAGCGAAUGGGUGGCUGCACGAGAGUCCUGAGGAGCUCAAGAAAUUGGCUGGAGAGUUGUCUAUUCAGGAAGACACUGUUCAGCAAGGGGUGUCUGAUGUUCAACAGUGGACUGCAGAAGGAGCAUGCAGUCAAAAUGAACUUGAAAAAACCAUUGAAGGACUGUAUCUCAGCAUGAAGCAGCGGAAAUAUCAGCUGUGUCGUCAGGCUGAUUUCAGUGGAAAAGAGGUCCUUAGAAGAUGCCGUCACAAAAUACAAUGCUGUUGUGCCGGAAACUGGCAAACUCCCUUCUCCCAACGAGCUCCUGGCUGAGGAAAACUAUUCCUGGCCUUGGGAAUGUCAUGGUGAUAUGUUAAAGAAAAAAAGGUAAUGCUGCUGAACCGCCUGAAGGAAGAGGAGGUCAUUGUUGUCCGUGAAGUCAAGCAGCACUGGGAGUACAUGAGGAAUAUGGCUGGAAAUAUUGAAGAGAUUCCCUCCCAGCUUUCAGAAGGGAUCACUCAGCAAAGAAGCAUUGACUGGGAGAGGAGGUGAGGGGCUGCUCUGUCUGCUGAAGAGAAGACUGUCAGCAAUUCAAGCUCAGCAGGGUGCAGCUCGCUCAACGUACCAAGAUGUUUUUGGAUCGCAAGCCUUGUCUCUCGAUGAUUCCUCCACUGGUGAUGAAGAACCCCAUGAUAGCAGCUCCUCCACCGAAGAUGAAGAACACUAGCAUUGUAGCUCCUCUUCUGAACUUUGACCUCCCUCAUUAGAAAAUGAGGAAAACUGUAGUAAUUAACUGGCCUGCAGUAUGAAUGUGAAAUGUUAAAAUAAACUGUCCUGCAAUUGA